GAAUUCUUUGUCAACCAUGUCGAAAAAGCAGAACGAUCCGAUGACCUUCGCCAUCGAGUUCAUGAUGGGUGGUGUCUCCGCCGCUGUCUCCAAGACCGCUGCCGCCCCCAUCGAGCGUGUCAAGCUCCUCAUCCAGAACCAGGAUGAGCUCAUCAAGCAGGGCCGCCUCGACCGCCCCUACGGUGGUGUCGUCGACUGCUUCAAGCGCGUCUCCGCCGCCGAGGGUGUCGCUUCCCUGUGGCGCGGUAACGUGGCCAACGUGCUGCGUUACUUCCCCACCCAGGCCCUGAACAUCGCCUUCAAGGAGCAGAUCAAGCGCAUGUUCGGCUUCUCCAAGGAGCGCGACGGCUACGCCAAGUGGUUCAUGGGUAACCUGGCCUCCGGUGGUAUGGCUGGUGCCCUGUCCCUGCUGUUCGUCUACUCCCUGGACUACGCUCGUACCCGCCUGGCCAACGACAACAAGUCCGCCUCCAAGGGUGGCUCUCGCCAGUUCAACGGUCUCGUUGACGUCUACCGCAAGACCAUCGCCUCCGAUGGUAUCCGUGGUCUGUACCGUGGCUUCAACAUCUCUUGCGUUGGUAUCAUCGUCUACCGUGGUCUGUACUUCGGUCUGUACGACUCCCUCCGCCCUGCCCUCCCCGUCAACCUGCGCGACAACUUCGCCGCCACCUUCAUGCUUGGCUGGGCUGUCACCAUCACCGCCGGUCUGGCUUCCUACCCCCUGGAUACCGUCCGUCGUCGCAUGAUGAUGACCUCCGGUGAGGCUGUCAAGUACAAGUCCUCCUUCGACUGCUUCCAGCAGAUCGUCAAGAACGACGGUGUCAAGUCCCUCUUCAAGGGUGCUGGUGCCAACAUUCUCCGUGCCGUUGCUGGCGCUGGUGUCCUUGCCGGUUACGACAAGCUCCAGGUCCUCGUCUUCGGUAAGGCCUACUCCGGCGGCGGCGGCUAAUGCUCUUGCAUCCACUCCUCCCUCCCUCAGUGCUCUCCCUCUCUCCCCCUGCGCUCUGUGUGUGUGUGUGUGUGCGAAGCUAUCCAUGCCCUCCCCCACCAACCCCCCUCCCCCAGUCCUUCCCUUAUACCGAGGCCGGGGACGGGGGGGUGGGCCUCGGGCCGGACUCUGGAGUUUGCGCCGGUGUGUGUGUGCGCGCGCGCGCGCGCGCGCAUGCCCACUGCCUCGCUCCUUUUUCCGCCUGGCGCGCCCCCCCCCCCGUCUCAUGCUACAGUCAAUACAUUGCUCUUGCAGUCGAACCAUA